GCGAAAGUUCGUCGGAUUUUCAGCCGGCCGAUUCUCUUUUGUUAAUAUUUACGAAGCCAUCGUGAUCCUACGCUUUCUGUUUCUCCAGGGAAAAUUCGAGCUCUCCAGAGUCGUGCGACGAGCGGAUCUGCUCGGCGACUUCGCGGGGAGAGAUGACUUCCGCUCGCACAUGUUACUGCAAACAAGAGGGGUGUGCGCUUCGCGAGGAAGAUAACGAUAUCGGAACGCGUAGCGAGAAUCGUCGCUCUGCAACCGUCGCGUCUAGGAAAUUGAUAGUGAAGAGCGGGGACAGCGGAGGAUUUUCCGGAAGAGCGAGGAGCGUCGUUGACGAAAGAAAAUCUGACACGGGCGGAUCGAUCGAAGCGCGAGUUCGCGAUCCGGUCUUGAGUCCUGAGACGUCAACAGCGCUCGAGAAUGCCGAGAGGAUCAUCAACGACGCGAAGAUACAACUCGCGGAGGUCCGCGCGGCCUCCGGCCUCGAUUCUGCGCGACGAGACAUAGACACCUGCGUGGAUGACCCGCCGUUGGACGACGAGGCCGAGGAGCUGCUGUACAUCCGCGAGCUCGUCGCCUCGAAGUUUCAAGAGACGAGCUACCCCCGGAGAGCCGAAGCGUGCGCCGAGGAGAACGCGCGAAGAGUCAGCGCACGGAGAGUCGAUUUGUCGGCGCCUAAAUUUCGGACGUCGCAGCGACGACGCGCCGCCCCUCUCGAGUGGCGGGCACGAGGACGUGCACCGUCGAACGAGGAGGCGACGCCGUGCGACAGCUCGACGACGUACGGCGUGUGCAGAAUCCAGAUAGGACCGUCGGUGCACGUGAGCGGGGAGCUCGCGAGACAGGACCUGGAGAAUGUGCGUGUAUCGCCGUCGCCGGCUCGCCAACGCGCGAACACGGCCACCUACAUCCUGCGUCACGAAGACCUUGCUGAGGAAAGUCGCGUGAACGAGCCGGCGAUGAGGCCGCGACGGCGCGCGAGAUUAUCUCCGAGCGGGAAACUCGAGGGACCGAUCGUGGCGGUCGAGAACGAGGAUUCCGGGCACGAAAACAGACAGACCGAGCCAACCACGUGGCAGGUUCAAGAAGGGGUCGAUUUGCGAGAUGCCGAAGACGCGCCUGAACGUCCGAGCGCAACGGACGAAGGGGAAAGAUCGGACGAUCAAUCCGAGAUUCACUUAGGCAAUCGCGUGAAGAGUCGUCGCAGCGGAAUAUUCAACAAGAAGAGCGGCGUCGACAUUCCGGGUCGAUACGAGGAGCAGGUCGCUGAUAAGAUCCGAGGCGAUCGAUCAAAGCCGCCUCCGCCCGGCGACGUUUCAAGGCGAGCGAGUUUUCCCCGGCGUGGAAAUAUCGCCGGGUCGCCGGGUCGAACGACGCUGAAACAAUAUCGGACGAUUGAUCGGUGUCUCUCGAACACGUUCGCCGUGGAGGCGACACGUCGUUCGCGUUUAUCUUCGGACGACUUUCCAGCGAAGGACGACGCGAGCGAGCUGUACCGACCGCGCUUCGACCAGCUGGACUCGAUCUUGCUGUCCAACGACAAGAAGAUCGAGCGCCUCGUUCGCGCCGCUCAGAGCUUCGCGGAGUCCUUGUCGAAGCCCGAGUUCGCCAAGUACAAAUUCGAGGAGGGGAAACGGGAACCGUCGACCGUCGACUCUUCUUCAGGCGACCGCGAGGAGCCGCUCGCGUCGAGCAAGCCGAGUCCCUCCGUCGAGAACACUACCUCGAAGAGUCCAAGUCGGAGCGUCUCGCGAGAGACCUCCACGACGAAAUCACCGGGUCUCUCGGGGGGAAACGUUCGUCGUCGCGAGGAUCGUUCGAAGAACUCCGCGGAAUCUACGGAGGGACCUGCGUCGAGGUCGAAAUCACGCUCGUCCUCGGAGUCGUCGACGAACAAGUCGGAGGACGUCUCGACGUUCUCCAAUCUGUUGUCCAGCACGCGCACCGACGCGCAGAUCGCUCAAGCGAAACGUAGCGCGUCCGCGGACUCGAAGUCGCGUGUGACGAGUCGCAAUGUCGACGACGUCUUCGCGCGGAUUCUCCGGGAUGAGAGCACGGACCGGUUCGUCGCGUACAUCCUGCAGGAGGAGAAGCGCAGCGUCGAGGAGGGGAGAGUCGCGAAAGUCUUGGACGAGUCCGUGAUCGCGACGGUGGAGAAGCUCCUGGUUCGCAUGCGGGAGGCCGAGGACGACCGAGCGACGCGUCGCACGGAGACCUUGGACGUCCCGAUGGACAUCCCGGUCGACGCUAAGAACCGGACCGACGACGACCAAGUCGAUUCUCGGAGCGUGUCGCCGCGCCCGCUCGGGGACGCGCGGCAAACGCCGACCUUGAGCGAGAACGAACGGCCGAUCGAGACGGGCCACGUGCACUCGUCUGAUCCUCUUCCUGAGCGCGCGGAAACGCGAGGAAGCGUCCGCUCCGCAACCCACAUUGUUCCGAGUUGCCGAGACAACAGCGAGAGCAAGAGAGAGGGCUCAGAAGGUGACUCGUUGAAGAGGGUCUCCGACAUUCUCAGCGACGAGGUCGGCAGUCCUAAAGAGAAUUCUCGGCUUUCGUCCGCGAAGACCGUGGCCGUAGGAUCGCAUGAGAGGGAAGUCGGCGGUCCUGCGACGUUCCUAGAUGGAAAGAGCGACGUAAACGAGUCGGCAGAGGUGCAGGAUGAUCAGCAUACAAACGGUAGUGUCCCGCGAGCGACGAGCACGGGUCGAGCGGACGACGCGCUUUUAGGUGUUCCGGAUGGCACACUCGUCCUUGCAAAGGAAGCAGGAGAGGAGGAGAAGGAGAUUUCAGCCGACAACGUUUCCUUGAAGAAGGUAUCGGUCCCGGGGGACCAACGAGCGCGAUCGGGACUCGAGGACGUCGUACGAUCGUUGAUUGAGGAGAGCAUCGAGUCUUCGCGGCUACCGGCCGGAAAGGACACUCGUGAUCCUCGAGCGGAUCCCGCGGCUGACGGGAAGAUCAGCCCCGUGAAUUCAUGCUCGGCCGAUUCUCUGCGAGACUGCGCCUCCUUGCGCUCGUUGUCGAGCGCGCAGAGCGACGAGUCGCCCUUGAAGGGGGCCCGCUCGCGUGCUGAGAGAAUUUCCUUCGGCGUCGCGCCCGAGGAUAAUUCGACGAAGUCGCAUAACGAGGGCGUUCCCGGCGAGCCGGCGACGAAAAGUCGCGGGAACGGAAACGAGGAGUCGGCGCUUCCGAAGAGCGAGCCGCUUCGCCCGGCCGUCUUGAAGAGCUUGUCCAGCGUCGACGAUGGCGAAUCCAACAAUGGCGCAUUUAACAACGAUACGAAGAGAUUUGGGACCUCGUCCGAGAUGUCUCAUUCCGAGGGUGAACUGUACAUGCCGAGUUCGUGUUCCUAUUCUCUCGGGGAGGUGAGAAUCUUGGAAAAGAGCGAUUUGAACGCGAACAGCACGAUCGAACGCGAAAGCAGUGUGACGAUCCUCGUUACCAGGAGCAUGUUAACGUCUUUAAACGAUUCCUCGACUCCGCUGGGAACUUCCGGGCGUAUUUGAUGAUUCGCAAGAUUGUACUUCUCGAUGCGUCAAAAUACAUAAUUUAUAAUCACACCCUAAUUUUAGCAUAUUUUAAUUUUAACGAUUUCAAUUUAUAAUCGUCGUAAUGAAAACAACCGCGUCAUCGAGGAGAGAUUUUCUUAACAAUUCGCACGGAAAAAUAAUUAAUAUCAAUUCAAGAUUUAUAUUCUCGUAUAUAAGCAAGAAUCUUAUCAAUCUAAUUUUAUAUGAAGAUGAAAACUUGUUUACACGAAGGAAUUCUAUAGUUUCAUUAAAAGUAUUAUAUUUUUGUAAAAUUAAAGAAUCUUUUUCACGGAUUAAGAGGAUAAAAAGUAUUGAAUAGAAAGAACGAUAUUUUCAAACUAAGAAUUGUAUCAGUUUAAAGAUAUCGUUCUUUCUAUCCAAUAUUUUUCCUUUCAAUUCAUUCUUCAAAAUUAUUCUUCAAUAACAAGAAUAUGAUAGCAUUUUCAAUGAAUCUAUACAGAAUUUCCUUGUGCGUAAACAAGUUUUAUCUUCGUAAAAGAUUAUAUAUUCUUGCUUAUACACGAGAAUGUAUGAUAAUAUGUAUCUCGAAUUGAGACAAUAAUUUUUCUUCUGUGUACAUGCGCGUGACAUUUUUUACAAAUGCACAAUUUUCUUAUUACUGUUAUAAAGAGAGGUUGAGUCAUAAGCGACGUCGUUGUUUCGUAUCGAUUAACAAUUAAUCGUAGCGAUACACAACAAUCAAUCAAUCCAAAAUGUAUACGUAUGAUUAAAUAUAUUUAUACAUCACGUAUGGCACAUUAUGUAUGUGCACAUACA